UGCUGUUGGUGCGUGCGUUUGCCGUGUUUGCUUGUGUAUGUGCGCUGCUGCUGCCUUGGGGAUCGGCUCUGCUGCUGCUAGUCGCACGAGACACACCGUCUUUUUGUGCGCGCAACUCUGCCUGUGCGGUAGUUUGGCGCCUUGUAAACGAAUUAUGGUUUCUGUGCAUGUCGCCGAGUGUGCCGUGAGUUGCCGACAUCGUCGCGACUAGCUGCCCGACCCCCCCACAACUCGCCGAGAGGUCCGAGAGCAGCCAGUCUUGUAGACGCGCUGGUUUACUACAACGUACCGAGCAGCUGGGUCAGCUGAGCCGCAGCCAUGAGUCAAAGCUCGACAUCUCUGAGCAAAUCGAGGUCCAGCGACAAGGCAGCACCCAGCACAGAGGAGCCAAAUCGGGCAGAGUGGCUGGAGAGGUUAGAUGGUGUUCACCUGCACCGCAGUGAUUUGAACCGGCUAGUCAUGGACUACCUGGUCACCGAGGGCUUCAAGGAGGCCGCUGACAAGUUCCGGCUCGAAGCUGGCGUGGUCCCCCCUGUAUCACUUGACUCGCUUGACGAACGCAUCCGGAUACGUGACUGUCUGCAGGAGGGCCGAGUGUUGGAAGCAGUGGCCCUGCUGAACGGUCUGCGUCCUGAGCUGCUUGACAAUGACCGGUGCCUGCUGUUCCACCUGCGGCAGCAACACCUCAUUGAACUCAUCCGCGAGGGGCGCACCGAAGAGGCGCUUGCCUACGCCCAGGACCACCUCAGCGAGUGCGGGGAGGAGAACCCACAGGUGUUGUCUGAACUGGAGCGGACUCUGGCCCUGCUGGCAUUUGAGGAGCCACAGACGAGCCCAUUCGGGGACCUGCUUCACCCGUCACAGCGGCAGAAGGUGGCCAGUGAAGUGAACGCUGCCCUGCUGGAAGACCAGAGCCAAACGCGGCCGCAGCUGUCCGUAAUGCUGCGCCUGUUGCUCUGGGCGCAGGACCAGCUGGAGCAGCUGCCUCCAGGAGCGCCGCGGUUGCGCUACCCGAGAGUCACGCAACUGGCCGACCCAUUCCCCCAGCAGUAGCGGUAGAAGGAGCGACAAAGACAUGCCAUUGUUCUUUGCCCAAGUGGUUACUGCACUGUUCACUUCGAUGAAAGCUCUGUGCGCGAGGACAAAAAGCUGCACUUCAAUUGCCCGUCUGCUGUCUAUCUGCACGUGUGCAGAAGGCAAGGUGACCUUUCUGCGACGACCAGGCACAUCUGCAGAAAGCACUUCAGUUGUGCGACAAUUGGGCGCGCCCGCAGAAGUGGUUCUGCUUGAGGGCUUGUCCACUAUUCCCGGUGGAUGGGAGGAGUUGGCAGACAUCACCCUUUUUUUGACAUAAUAAAUAUGAUUUCACGCUUG